AGGAAGACAUGGUGGUGGAGGACCUGGUGCAGGUGGUGGUGGUGGAGGAGGUGGAGGUAAUAGGGGGCACUCCAUUGACAUUUCCUUAGCUCCUUCCGGGUUAAACCUUCGGCAAUAGAAAGCAUGCUUGAAGAUGACUACACCAGAAGUUCGUCCUAACCAUACAAUCUACAUCAACAACUUAAACGAAAAGAUUAAGAAAGAUGAGUUGAAGAAGUCGCUGUACGCAAUCUUCUCACAAUUUGGACAGAUUUUGGACAUUUUGGUGGCACAUAACCUGAAAAUGAAAGGUCAGGCUUUUGUCAUCUUUAAAGAGAUCAACAGCGCCUCCAACGCUCUCAGAUCCAUGCAGGGAUUCCCUUUUUAUGACAAACCAAUGCGCAUCCAGUAUGCUAAGCAGGACUCUGAUAUAAUAGCUAAGAUGAAGGGUACGUAUGUGGAGCGUGAUCGCAAAAAGGAGAAGAAAAAGCCCAAAGUAACAGAACCAGGGGCAUCAAAGAAAGGUGGCUCUGCGGCACCUGGAUCAAUGGUCGCUGGUGUCCCUGCUGCUAUGCCUGGAAUGCCUCCCAUGAGCCAGGCUCCUCGCAUGAUGCACAUGCCAGGUCAGCCACCUUACAUGCCCCCUCCAGGCAUGAUGCCUCCUCCAGGUAUGGCUGGUCAGAUGCCUGGUGCCAUGGCUCCAGGUCAGAUGAUGGCAGGACAGAUGCCGGGACAAAUGCCCGGGCAGGUUGCAGAAAACCCACCCAACCACAUUCUCUUCCUCACCAACCUUCCGGAAGAAACGAACGAACUUAUGCUCUCCAUGCUCUUCAACCAGUUUCCAGGCUUCAAGGAAGUGCGUCUGGUCCCUGGCCGUCACGACAUCGCCUUUGUGGAGUUUGACAAUGAAGUUCAAGCUGGUGCUGCACGAGAUGCACUGCAAGGCUUCAAGAUCACGCAGUCGAACGCAAUGAAGAUUUCAUUUGCCAAGAAAUAACGUCUUUUUCCUCACAAUCACAACUGGGUUUUUUUUUAAAUUCAUGAGAACUACUGACCUGAAUGAUGAUUGAUAUCCAUCAAUUUUAGAAAUUUGUAAUGAGGGUGUUUUUUUUUUUUUUUUCUUCUUCUUCUUUUUUCUUCCUCCAGGAUUACAUGUAAGUAUACUUGUUUCACGUUGUGUGUGUGCUUUUUAUAUACUUCUGAGCAUUGCACCCAGAGUCUGGUCACCCAGACAUUGUACCUGGAGCUUUUUCCUUUUUUUUAAUUAAAAUGUGAGAUUCUCUCA